UAUUGGUUUCAGCUUGGUUUUUUUAGGAUUACUUUAACCAUUCCAAUUCUGAAGAUCGGUCAAAGAGGGAUUUAAAACAUCAGCAUUUAGUUGAGAAUCGUCGCUAUCUGCGGAUAUCUCCGUCAGGGAUCAAUCAAAAGGAGCUGAUGGCGUUAUCGUUCCUCUACGUGCUGUCCGUGUGGCUGAGUUUCGCCUGUCCAUCACUGGGAACAGGGUUUGCUUAUCAUUUUCCUGGCAUCACUCUGCAGCGACAGCGCAUCAAAUCGGAACAGAGCGGCAGCACUGGACCGCCAGGUACCAGGUCCCAUACCCAACUCAGGAACUGGUGUCAAUACACCGUUUCCAGAACAGUGUCCUGUCAGGUGCACAACGGGACAGAAACCACCGUGCAGAGAGUGUAUCAGGGCUGCCGAUGGCCCGGACCCUGCAUCAAAGUCAUCAGCUACAGGACCCUGAUCAGGCCAUCCUUCAAGGUUACCUACAAACAAGUGACUGCACUGGAGUGGAGAUGCUGCUCAGGGUUUGUGGGAGAAGACUGUCGAGAAGAGUGUUUGAACUGUACCAGUUUCACUGACAUGAACAGCAGAAUAAAUGCCAUUGAGUCAAAGAUCAAGUUGUUCGGAGCGGGACGCUCAUUCCUGCCCGCAGCCAGCAGUUUACCAGAGGGCUCCACAGCCAACGAGGUGGUCGCUCCCCAACCCACUCCUCUUGGACCGCCAUCAUACCUGCCACCAGGGCCGAUCGGACCACCAGGGCUUCCAGGUUCUGCUGGACCUCCGGGUCCGGCUGGAAGAUCAGGCCUCCCUGGACCCAUCGGACCAAAGGGGGACAGAGGUCUAGCAGGAGUUACAGGACCGCCGGGCCCUUCUGGCCCUCCUGGCCCACCAGGUCCUUCAGGGUGGAGCUCCUCUCCUGGACGAGAGCGCGGCGACGUUUUUCACGUGGACGAUCAAGAGGAGAAUCUCCCUGCUCAUCAGGUCAUAGUCGGGCCUCCUGGUGCAACUGGUCCAACUGGUCCAACUGGUCCCCUCGGCCCCUCAGGACUGAGAGGACCAGCAGGAUUACCAGGCCUGCCGGGGCGAGAUGGCAAGGAGGGCCUCCGAAGCACGCCCGGGGACCCUGGGCCUAGAGGCGACCCCGGAGAAAGGGGCACUCCAGGUGGACCAGGCGAACGGGGCCUAACUGGAGCACCCGGGCCAGGAGGAGAGCCGGGAGAAGGCUUGAACGAGGCCGAGGCUGUGCAGCAGCUCAGGGAGGCCCUGAAAAUCCUGGCCGAGAGGGUCCUCAUCCUGGAGCACAUGAUUGGCGUCCAUGAGAACUCUGAAGGGUCUGGAUUUGGCAGCCUUUCGGACCCCCUGUCUUUCUCUGCCAUGAAGACCAAGCGACUUCAGCCGGAUCAAAACACUCUUCAAGCUCCAGUACUGGGGAGGAGACAAAGACAAACUCUCCUUUAAGGGUUUAGUCUAAUUGUGUAUUUAUGUGUAUAAUUGUUACAGAUGUGGCACAUUUUGCUUCACUGGACAUACACUUUUUGUUUAUAUCGCGUUUCUCAUAUUAUUUCAAUUUUAUUGGCAAUUAUUAUCUUUGAACAGCUGUAAAAAACAAAGAGAUGUUGAGCAUUUCAUCCACAUGAAAGGCUUUUUUGACCCUGUUGCUGUUUGCUCUUUGCUCUUUGUCUACAUAACCUCAUCAGCAGCCCUUGUACCAUUUUUUUUACCAUGAAAUAUAAUCUCAUAAAAUGUUAUGAGGGUUUUGGCAUCUCUCAUUCUUCAGAUAACAGACUGUCCAGUAAACACAUCAGUUUCCCUGACUGACGCUGCAAAGCUCCUCAGGCUGCAAUGUGAGUUCCCAAGAGCUGGACCCAAAAUAUAGUAUUUAGUGUCAAACACAUUCUUGGAUCGACCGAGGGGUUCAGCUUGUGUUAGCCUGUCAACCAUAUUUCUUCCUGUCUCCUCUUUCUGCCUCUCUCUGGUUGCUCUGCCUUGUUAAACCUGAGGUAAGACAUGACGUGCUGCCAAGAGCAUCUGCUUAAAAUAAAGUGAGGUGAAAUAGCAUCUGGAGAGCACACAUCUGGAAAGCAAAAGGAGGAGAUGCUGAAGCAGUCGGUUUUUGGCCCUGAAGCGGCAAACCCUGCUCGGCUCCAGUGCACCUUCGCGCACCCGGCUGAGGGAGCACUAAACUGGAUUACAUUGACUUCUUUAUAAACUGCCUCUGAGAUUUGUCUCCAAGCUGAUAUGAUUAUUGUACAAUACGUUACUGAGAGACCGAGCCUGUUGGUCUCUGAACAAAGCUCGGACCUCCCCGGGUUCACGCGUUGUUAUUUCCAUUACAAGGCUCAUGUCAAGAGGGAAUAGUUUUGGGACAUCAAAAUACACUACAUUUUCUUGCAGAAAGUUGGAUGAGAUGAGACUGAUACCACUCUAAUGUUUGUAUGCCAUGUGAAACGGGAGCCAGUUAGCAGGUUAGCACAAAGACUGGGAAAUGGCGGAAACAGCCAUCUCUGACAAUAGGUAAGAAAAUCUCCAAUAAAGAUCUGAUACAUCUUUUGUUCCAUCGGUAUGGCAACGGAAGCUUCUGAAGCUUAUUUUGUUUGUUGUGUGCUGGACUCUUUUUUGGCUCUGAGCAGUUGCCAGGCAACCCGGAGGUGAAACUCAACAAUCUAGAUGAAAUCCACCAACUUUACAGUGACGUCCCUGGUCAAGUGUUCAACACCCUUGAAGCGGACAUUAUUGACGACACGUUACUGCCUCUCGUACCUUGUUGCUUCAAUAAAAUCCAACUUAAACACUCGUAAAACCAAUUCAGCUCAUUUCAAAGGAAUUAUAAACUGUUAGUGAGUAACUGGUUUCCCCUGUUUAUAAACCGCCACAAAUAUGUAACACAGGAUAAAAAGCCGUUUAAGGACAGUUAUCUGGUGGGACUAGUUGGUGGUGGGAACCCUUUUGGAAAUGUGCGUCACUCCCAAGUCAGAACAGCAGAAAGUGUUAUUGUAACUUCAGAAAGAGUCCGGCUAUAGAAACUGUAAUGCAAUCACCAGAGAAAAAUAGAGGAAUAGUUGUCCUGUUUUUUUUAAUUAACAAGAUCAAUGUCUCAGAAUAAUGGAAUUCGGUUUCACGGAAAAACAAAUCUGGUCUGUUUUUGUGAAUUAAAGAGAGACUUUGAAAUCCCAAGAGAAGCUCAUUUAUUUGAGAGCUUGAUUUCAUGCAAGCAAACAUAUCCCAUCUGUUUAGUUUAAUCCAGUUUUAUCUUGGUUUGGAUUUGAGAUAUUAAUAUGGAGAUACUCAUGUCUUUCAGAAAUAGAGAUGGUAUUUUUAUUAGUUUGUUGCACCUCAGGACUUUAUAGUUGUUCAGACAUAAACCCCAGCCCGAUCUGCCGGACAUUAUGGCGUUUUUUCUGUUUUCAAGGAUCACUUGAACCAAUAUGCUGAUAUGAGAUGAUGCAUCUGAAAUGCAUUCCGGCCGGCUCAAGAGACGAUCAGGCAACGGUGCCUCACAUGCAAUCAUGUUUAAACUAAACAUACAGGACAUGUUUGCUUCCAUUAAAUCGAACUCUCGACUAAAUAAGAGCUUCUCCUGGGAUUUUGAGGUAUCAAAAUUCAGAGCAGAUUUUUUAACUCUAAGGAUACAACUUUUUUUUCUAAAUUCUAAGAUAAUACUCCUGUUAAUUUAGAAAAAAGCGAGCAAUUUUCUUUAUUGUUCCUGUUUGCCCGUUUCCAGUCUGUGUGCUAAAUUAAGCUAACCCGCUGCUACUUUUACCAAACAGUCGUGAGAGUGGUAUUGAUUCUCAAUUCAAGCCUAUUACCAGAAAAGAGAUAGAACUGUCUGUAUCUGUUGAUUCUCCACCAAUUAUCACCUGUUAUAGAGUCUAACUUUUAAACACUGUUUUGUUGUUCUUGUUCUUGUGAUUGUUCUAUUAUCUUUUAUACAAUGUUCGGGUGUGCUUUGUUGUUUAAUUUGCGAGUCCUCGUGCUCAGCAGAUCUGUGAUCGUUGUUGAAGUAAGAUUAAAGUCACAACACAGGGAUAUUCAUUUUGCAGUCA